GUUAACAAACAGCAAACGAUCUACUUGGAGUCACAUCUGGGGCCACCAAAACCACUGCCUUUUAAUACAGUCUUAUUUGAUCUUCUUAACACGCUUUGUUAUUCAUCUCAUUUACCAGUCAAGCUCUACAACGUGCAUGACCUGCAAAUCUUUAUGUAGGAGUGGCAAGGUAAUUUAUGAGGCUGGUGGUCUAAAAGUGAUUCAGAGUAGUCAAACGAUAAGCUAACAUCUAUCCAAAAAGUCAAUGACUACUUAUGGGAGUCUUGUUGGUAAGGUCAUGUAUUUUGGUUGGUGUUCACAAGAUAAUUGUCGACUAUGGUUGAAGACCUUAGAUGACGGCUCGGAACCUCACGUCUGGGGCAUGGGAUUCUUCGAGUGAUAAUGCGAGAACAACAUUUAUUAGAACAUGUUUGCAGGUUACUUACCAUCGAUAUCACAAGGACUGUGCGCUGUUUGUUUUUAGGAGGGAGAUUAUUAUUGUGAAUCUGGGAUUGAUCCGUCCACUUCAUGUCGUUUAUCUAGAUCCUUCUUGGCCUUCUUUCUCACGUGUUUAUUCUUGCACUCAACGUGAUGUCAUCAUUUGCCUACAUGAAAAUGGUAAUUUAAGCGUAUAUGCUUGUCGUGGUCUUGCUUUAGCAGCGGAUCCUUCUCUUCAUCCUUCUCAUUUACUGCGAAAACCUAGUAAGGAAUCUUCUGAUAUCCACUCUGAUAACAGCUGCACUUAUGUUCUUGUUGCAACUGCUGCUUCUUCUAGACGCCCAAAACAAGUACAUCAUGUUGAUUUUUCUGUGGACCAAAUGAAUGAGUUGAAUAUUGUCGUAGCUUCAAUUGAUGGGCGUUUCCAGUUUUGGCAACUGCGAGCUGUUCGAGACUCAACUUUUUGUGAUGAAGAGGUGAGACCAAUUUGGAGCCUUUCAGAUCUGCUACCACAUACACCUGUUGUAAAUAAGCCUCCAAUAAAGUUGUAUCUCGAAUUAAAUGGCCUAUACUCUCCAAGUAGAUCAGAGCCAACACUGUGUCGCGUAUGUCCACCGAAUCUGAUGGGACUUUCAAUGGUAGACUCAAUUCGUGGUCCAUUAGUGUCUGUUGGGAAUAACCGUGGUGACAUCCAGAUUUGGGAUGUAUCAUCAGCUAUAUUAUGGCGUGAAUAUCGUGUACUACCGGUACCUAUCAAAGGAAUUGAAUGGAUAGCAAUACCUCGAACAAUUUAUAAAAAUAAACAAUUCAGUGAAGAUUCUUCGAGACCAUCAUCAUAUGAAUAUUCAUUAGGUUUAAUUGUUCAUGGUUGGCAAUCCAAAGAUGGUCACCAAAGUUCUCUUACUGAAAAUUCAUCGAAUAGAACAAAUACAAUAGGAAGAAAUUUUGUUACUACACUGGACUUAUCAACGGGUUAUAUGCGUAUAUUUCGUGAUAUUUCAAAUCAAAAUAUUGACAAGACAGGUCCUCGCAUAGGAAUCAGUGUUCCCGGUAGUCAACUUUUAUCUGGAUCCAACGAUCAAGAAAAUCUUUUUGAAGGACCAAUUGACAUUCUUUGUGUUAGCCACUUAAACCAAUACGUUGGUGUAGCAAUUCGUAAGAGUCCUGUAGAAAUAUGGAAACUAUCUACUUCUUCUUUAAUAGUUAAACUACCUUUGCUACCGGAUAUAACAGCUGUUGCUUUGGACUGGUGUCAUUCGCCAACGAAAUAUCAACGAAGUCGUAAGAUUUCAGACAAGAGUUCUAAAUCUGAGGACUAUGUUCAUUCAAAAGAAUCUGCUCGUACUCGUGAAUCAUGUAUUAUAUGCACUUCGGAUGGUAAUAUUCGCUUGAUUGCAGUGAAUAAUGAUUCAGUAGAUAGCACUUCAGUUUCAAUACAAUAUGGUUUUGUAGCUGUUCGAGAUUUACAUAGUAAAAGAACAUUGUUUAGAACAACUUGUUCAAAGUCACAAUCAAAUUAUUUUGAUCAAGCCCUUGGUUCUUUUAAUGAACAAUAUUUCGACCCAGAUAUAAUGUUAGAAACAAAUACUUCUGUUGUACAUCCUUCAUUGAAUAUUCGACGUUUAUGUUUUACACCGGGUUUAUCGACUUUUACUCGUCUUCUUAGUUUGCAGUUUGAUUCCGUAUGUGUUUGGGAACCAAGACAGAUGCUCCUUUUAUGUAUGAUUGAAUUCGGUGUAUCAGUUCAUCAUUCCUUAAUUUGUGCUGAUUGGGUUUCUGUUGUUACUAAAUUAUCAGAUAGAGCUUUGUGUAUUCUUUUGGGUGGAGAUGGUGCUUUACGACUUGUACAAGCUGGUCAAGCUAAUUAUGAAAUGACAGUUGUUAAUUAUUCUAAUCAGUCAGUAAACCUUGGGAAUACAAUUACUCGUGGAACUACUUUACAAGAUCCGAUUUCAAAAUUUUACAUUCAGAGUCCAUUGCCAGAUAGACCUGACAUUCAAGAUCCUGUUUUAGUCCCGUCGUUACUUCCAUCCAUCACUGCCCUAAAUAUUCGACAUCUCUUACAACAUCAACCGUGGUGUAAAAAGUCUCAAAAUAUCCCUUCGAUUAAAAAUGAGAAUUUAUUGAUUGAUAUAGCUUCUAGUUCUCAAGCGUUAACAUGCGAUCAGACUACCAUAGCUAAUACUGAAUCAGACCAAAGCUCUUAUUCUAGUAGUGACUGUUCUCUGCUUGCUCCUGGUUUUGCAAAGAUUCAGAAUUCUGUAAAUAUAUUCCUAUAUGGCCUCAAAACAAGACAUGAAUUAUCUACCAGUUUUAUGAACCUGUCGAAUACUACCAUUAUUGAACGUUGUUUAUGGACUGCUCAAUUAUUUGGUGAUGUAUAUGAAGUAAAAUUUUGGCGAUUGGUUGCAAAUCGUUUACUAUACAAAAAAGCUUUACAUCACAAUCCACAACAAUUAAAUAACCAGUUAUGGUCUCGGUAUUUUUUAGAUUUAUCUUGGGAUUUUUUAGCUGACUGUGAUUUAUAUCGUCAGAAUGUUGAAAAGUUUAUAUCAUAUAUGGAAAAGCCGCAUAAUUCACCUACUGAAAUUAUGGAUUGUGUUAAUACACUGAUUAUGGUCGGUCAACAGGAUCGUGCAGUUUCUUUACUACUGGAAACACCUGCAGAUUCAAGUAAUUAUUCUAUAAAUAUGUAUCGUGCUUGUUUGUUUACGGCAAAUAUUGCUAGAAAAUCUCUUCUGUCCGAGUCUAGCGUAAAUCAACCAGCAGAAGAUAAUUAUUUAAGUGUAAUAAAAUUAGUUGCUACAAAUUUACUUUCUAAUGGAAAAAUUAAUGAUGGUAUUGGUUUAUUGUGUCUUAUUGGCUUACAAGUUGAUGCAUGCCGUUACUUAGAAUCGUUCGAUCGAUGGGAUCGUUCUGUAUGGUUAGCUAAGUGUACAUUAUCAAUUGAAGAACAUGAUAAAGUAAUGAGACGUUGGGCGUCCUAUUUAGCUUCAUCUCAGGUUAAUCGAAAAGAUUUAGCUAUACUCAUUUAUGUUUAUUUAGAAGAUCAUUCUAAUGUCUUAAAGUUACUUUUUAAUCUUAAACAAUAUCAGUUGGCAGCUAGAUACCUGGAAGCAUGCCGUGAAUUAAGCUUAUUGAAUACAACUAAAGAAACAGCAAACACUUCUUCUUCUGUCUUCUGAUUUUGAGACUGGGGUUCUAAACUUUCGAGUGCCGUAGUUGUAUACCGUAUUCUGCGUUAAUCAAGUGGUGAACAUAACAAAGUAUAAAAUAAGUUAUGAUUUUCGGUACCUUAUGCUGAUAUCAUGAACUAUGUUCGCAUUUCUUGAUAUUCACUAGUGUGAAAGGAUUCUAACUGUGGAAAUCAGCACAAAAUUGAUUUUGAUUUGAUAGUUUAUAUAUGUAUAUAAUUAUGAUACUAUAAUUUUCAGAUUUGCCAAUAUCAUAUUUAUUACAUAAUUAACAUUUUAUAAGUCACAAUAUUUACCAUAAUAAAUU